UUGUCAUCUCCGAUUUACGAAGUCAUUUGUAGUCAGUUGUUACGGCAGCGGCAGUCCGUUUUGUUUGGUCGUUAGAUUUUUAUUUCUUUUUCGUUAUUUCGCAUAUUUGUUUAUAAACCUGCCCCUGCCAGUGCCUGUGCGUAAAACAAGUUUUCCUUAGAACAUAAACACACAGCUGCGCUAAGCAAAAUGGAUGCACUUAGCGACUUGUUGGCCCCACAUAGUGAAACCAUCGGCAAAAUAGCCGGCACAGUAACUACACUACAAUUUCUGUCCGGCAUAGCACUUUUAAAUGAUAUUCGCAAAAAGGGAAGCAGCGAUAUUUAUCCAAUUGGACCAUUUUUGGGCGGCAUAGUGCUUACUGUUCUUAGCUUGAAACUGGGGCAAAUUAUGGGCGAUCAGCCAAUGAUAAAUGUCAAUGUCAUAGGCUUCGCUAUCAAUUCGAUUUUCAUGGUUGGCUUUUAUUACUACGCUUCGAGUGAGAACAAAUCAAAGAUCUGGAUCAAGAUUGGCUACGCCGCACUGUUCCUGAUGGCCUGCAUAGCCUAUGCGAACUUCGAGGAUCCCAAGCAAAUUGAGUUCCGUCUGGGCAUGCUAAUCACAUCGAUACUCGUUUGGCUGGUUGGCUCGCCGCUACUCAAUUUGCCCAACAUUAUCAAGAAGAAGAGCACGGAGGGCAUGCCCUUUCCCAUUAUUUUUGCCGGACAGCUAGUUGCAACAGCCUGGACCUUGUAUGCGGUGUCCAUACGCAAUCAUGUCAUGGUGUAUCAGAACUUGUUCCUGUGGAUCUUGGGCGGUAUCCAGCUGUUCAUGUUUAUCAUCUAUCCCAGUACACCGGCCAAGAAGCCCACUGCCAAGUCCGAGAAGAAGAAGGAAAAGUAAACAACUCACGUACAAGUACCUUAACUCAACGAAUUAAGAAAGACAUUAAAUAUUGACACCUCUGACAUCAUCUAGAAAUUUCAGCUUAUCUAAUUAUUCCAAUUUCGAGAUCAAACGCUUCUAGUACAAUUUUGACUAAACAAUAAUCAGGCAGGGUUCCAUCUAA